ACACACACACACACACACACACACACACACACACACACACACACACACACACACACACACACACACACACACACACACACACACACACACACACACACACUUCAACAGACAGAGACUGGAUGCUUUGGCAGCAGGGACCUCUUUAUUUCAAGAACUCGGAGGAGUAAACACACAAUGAAAAGUAAUUUAGUCUUACCUGCAUGUUUGCUGGUUCUUUGGACACUGGCAGCCCAUGUCAAAUGUAAGGAAGAAACUGCGAUAGAAGUCGAAACUGUCUCUAACGGGAUUAAGGUGACCUGUGCUUUAAAUUUGACAAAGGAUGGCAUCGUUGUACCUGAUAAUACUUUGACAUACAAUGAUGAGCACACCGGAGAGUAUUUAUGUUCUGCGACACACAUCUAUGUGAAAUUUCGGAGCUGUGACAACUGUGUGGAGUUCGACACAGCUACAAUAGUGGGAUUAGCUGUGGGAGAUGUGGUGGCUACGAUUGUGAUAGGAGUGGCAGUCUAUGUCGUAGCGUCUCAGACUCAGAUUGGUCCAACUACCUCUGUCAAGAAAAGGUCCAACAGACAGAAUCGAGUUCCAAAUGCUGUCAGACCGGGGGUAGUCAAUGAUCCUUACCAGCCUUUGAAAUUUCGUCAGAGAGAUGUCUAUGAUCAACUGAACAAUGGGGCUGUCCACUCCUACCCCCACCAUUAAAAGCUUACAUCUGCAGAAGGGAAAACUUAUGUCCCUAAUGUAAUUUGCUCUGAAUUAUGCUGUUAAAACUUUUCACUUAUCAUUUAUUUGGACCACGCCUGUAAGAUAAUGCUCUUAAUAGAACUGAAUGACUGUUUGUCAUAGUAAGGUGUUUAUCAGACUCUCUUGUUCUUAUUUUGAUAACAUUUUAAUUGAAAUACCUUGUCAUUGCUUAUGUAUCCACUCUGUAAAUGCAGCUUGCUUCAUUUUAACAAGUAACAUUGCAAAAUAAAAUGGUUUUAAAAGGAAA